AUUGAAACUGCUCAUUUUACAUGCCGCAUUACAUAGGAGGGUCACUUAUCCAUGUUGCAUGAGAGGAACAGGAGGGGAACCUUGGUGAGAGAAAAUGAUGGCCAUGUUCAACAGACAGCAACUUCAGGUGGCAAGCGUUAUUUGUGUCAUCUUCCUGCUGAUGUCCUAUUAUCACAUAUUUCGUACUUGUCCUGGAGAGAUCACCACUGACGUUCACGAGACACAAAAACAGAGUUUGACAUCAUCCAGUCCGGUGUCAUCCUCUGGUCCAUGCUCCUGCCCUGCUGGCUCAAUCCUCCUUAAAGACCACCUCCCAAAGGAUCAGAUUGAGGAGCUGAUGAAACGUCGAGCAAAGGAGCUACAACAGCAUAAAGCCAGAACUACAUCAGUGUUAUCCACUCUGCUGCUGGCUGAAGCUAACUCUCCUCUGCAGUACCCUAUCCAGGGUUUCAUUGUACGACCACAGACCUCUACGCUCAUACCAGGGUUAAUGUUGAAAGCCGACGGAAGAGAAAGCUAUCAGUUGUCCCUGAACGUGUCCAAAGGGGUCCUCACCACUGGCAAUCCACCUGAAGGAGUGACGAUAAAAGGUGAUGGUAAGAUGGAGCUGGUUGUGGAGUCUAACAGCCUGGAGAGCCUCAACAACCUGCUGGCUACAGUGACAUAUACCAGCACUAUCUACCAUAUACACAUUGGCGAUCUUGCCUUCUUCCAGUUCGAGAACCAUAAAGCCAUGUUUCCCAUCACCAUAAAACAGCCUGUUAUGCCAGUCCUGUAUGACAUGGGAACAGAAAUCAGCUCUCAUGUGACCAUCACCACAAAGACAUUCCUGCGUUACUCUAACCUCAAUGUGCUGCUGAGCAGCAUACGCAAAUUCUACAGCAAAAUCAACGUUAUCAUUGCAGAUGACAGCUUUGAACCACAGCAGAUAACUGGGGAACACAUAGAGCACUACAUCAUGCCUCCAGCACGGGGCUGGUUUGCUGGCAGGAAUCUUGCCAUCUCUCAGGUGACCACCAAGUACUUCCUGUGGGUGGAUGACGAUUUUGUGUUUACAGAAAACACAAAGAUAGAGAAGCUGGUGGAGGUCAUGGAGGCAGUCCCUGAACUGGAUGUGGUUGGCGGGUCUGUACAAGGAAACCAGUUUUACUUCUCAUUAAUCUACCAAGAAGGAGAAGAAAUGGAGGGUGGCUGUCUGAACAGAAAGUCUAAUGGGAAAUUCCAACCCCUCCCUGGUUACCCCUAUUGCUCUCUAGCCAGUGGGGUGGUCAACUUCUUCCUGGCUCGUACAGAUGCCGCGCGGAAGGUGGGAUUCGACCCUAAGCUCCAGCGAGUGGCUCACUCCGAGUUCUUUAUGGAUGGCAUGGGCUCCCUGAUGGUUGCCAGCUGUAACCAUGUAACCAUCGGCCAUCAGCCUCAUACAAGCAGCAAGGACUCAGCUCGCUACCAGAGUUUCAGACAUCCAGGAGGAAGUGAUGAGGAAUUCAAACGGAGGCUUCACUUCUUCAAAAACAACCUGAAGUGCAUUCGCUAUGGAUAGAAGACAGCUAUAUUGUUUAAAAUCAAGAAAGCCACAGACCCUAUUUAGGCCCAGUAUCUCUUAAUGAACACUUCUGCUGUAUAAAAGUUAAAGGAUAUAGAAGGGUUUUAUUGUUACCUCUCUCAACGUUGUUUACAUUUUUGCUGUUGUUUUUUCUUGGGAUGUUUGACUCCACAUACUGUACAUCGUGCCUUUUCUUUGACAAUAUUUUACAAUUCUUCACUAAGUGAAGGAUAAUGUAUAGAUCAGCUUUCAAAGCCUUCUUAAAAUAAGUUGUUGUUGCUGACAUCAAACUGAACGUUUUCAUUUUUGGUCAAGUGUGACAAAAAGAAACCAUGCAACACCUGAAAGAUUUUUCAGCCACUGUUGCAGUCUGCUGAAAGUUUCUUCUUCCAUUCAACAGUGUUAAAAACACCAGCAUAUCCCAUAAUCACAUUCUGUCACAUGCCUUCUUCAUGGGUCAGUUUUAUCGACUUUUCCUUCAUUAGUUUUGGUUUUUGCACAUUUUUAACCCCUGUUCAUUCCUGUAUUUGUCUCCUUCUUUCAAAGUGGACAGAGCAAUGCAAUAAUAACCAGACUUCUUUCUGCAGAUUUAUUUGAUCGUACUUCUUUUUAGGCUGUGUCUACAACCACAUACUAUUUAAACAAAAAAAUUGCACCGUGCGGGAUACAUAGGGUAAACUACACUGGUUAAUUUUUUUUAUAUAGGGGACAGCAGUUCAUUGGUCAUACUUAAAGGCCCUGUAAAGUUAUGAAAAAAAAAAUUAGGUUCGUUGUAUGACAGGCCACUGUAUUACAAACCACCAGGCCAAAUUUCAGUUAGAAAAAAAGAUGUGUAAGUUUAUGAAAUUAAGCUUCAAAGUCAUGGAAAGUGAGGCUGUAAAAUCUGCUCUGGGAUGGGACAUAGGCCCUGUUUGAUGAAGUCAUGUGACUUUUAGUUUAGUAUGUCGUUAACAGAAUACUAACAGUUGGGUUUGCUAGAUGAAUACCAACAACAACCUGGCGUUAGUUGUCAACGCAAUGGCCAACAACUAAUGCCAGGGUCAGAUGACACAACUUGACUGACAACUUUGACAAACUACUGAGUUACACAGUCAGUCAAAGGGACUGGAUAUUGUUGGAAUGGAAGAGGGACUCGACUAGAUUACACCCAGAAAUGAGACAGUAAACAAGCAUGUAUUGGCUGUACUAUCCUGUAUUUGUUUGUCUCUCCUAACAUUAUAAUGAAUGGUUGACUAGCUUGAUGAUAAUACUGACAGAAGAUAUUCAUGUGGUUGCUGAAGGGUGUCUACUGCUUCUUGCUGACAUGUCUCUUUUUCAGUCUGUCGUGGUCCUCCCUCAUGGAACCAACUUCAUCCCUCAUCUUCCAUGUUGCCAUUUAGUUUGUUUACAUCUGUGACUGCUGAGUGUGCAAAGUGCCCUAUGCGCUCUUUGUUCAACCUCACAGAACUAAUUACAGAAAGCAGGACAUAAAUCUGACAUACUAGACAGGCUAGGUGCCAAUUGUAAUUGUACUGAAAACAUGUAGUCUGACUUUUGCCUUAUGGUUUUUGAACCUCUCAGGCCCCUGAUAAAUGCUGCUCUGGACUAAACAGUCACUAUUGGGUGACCAACUGUCUGGUUAAGACCUUUUUUAAAAUUCUAUAUAUUUUUUCACUACUAAGGGAUGUAUAAGCUAAUUAUUUUUUUUUUAAAAGAAAUACACAUUUGAAUCUCAAAAUGCAUGAAAACAUUGAUGCUGGCACUCAAAAUGUGCAAAUUUUGCCUUUUGAAAGCUCUUUGUUUUGAAACUAAUGUUAUUUAUAAUAUCAUAUUUGUAUAUAUUUUAUAAAAUGCGAGAGAAUAUGUACUUGUGUAAUCGUUGAUAUAGGGAAUUUGUAAAAUCUCAGCAAUCUCAGCAAGGGGAUGUGCAAUGUUCUUUUCUACACAGGGUGAUUUUGUAUUUA